UGCUGAGAAUUAAGACCGCUCAGCUGCGCUAAGUUUAGAAAAAAACGAAUAAGUAAAUAAAUACUUGCACAAUAACAACCCCCUUGAAGAAUCGGCAAAAUGAGGCACUUCUUUUUAAAAACAUUGCCCAAAGCCCACAAAUAUGUAAAAUCUCAGCAAAGUGGAGUCCUUGAAAACAAUUGGGCAAAGGCAUACUCUACCAGCUCUGAGCCGAAAGAGCCCAUAGUUAGGACGAAAACCAUCCCUGGUCCAAAAUCGAUUGAGCUUAAAAACCAACUGGAAGCAGUUCAGAGCACGGGCACGGUACAGUUUUUUGCCGAUUAUGAAAAGUCGACAGGAAACUAUAUAUGCGAUGUGGACGGUAAUAUUUUACUUGAUGUUUACACACAAAUUUCUUCCGUUCCAUUGGGCUACAACCAUCCCAGACUCGUUAACGUUUUCAAGGAUGAGCGCAACCUAAAAUCUUUAAUUAACAGACCCGCUCUUGGAGUAUUUCCUGGAAAAGAAUGGCCAGAGAAAUUGAAUUCGGUUUUAAAGAACGUUGCGCCCAAAGGAUUGAACAAAAUCACUACCAUGAUGUGUGGAUCUUGCUCGAACGAAAAUGCAUUUAAAAGCAUUUUUAUCUGGUACCAAAAUAAAAUUCGCGGCCAGAAUGUGAGCUUUACUGAGCAAGAAAUCAAUUCCUGUAUGAUCAAUUUGCCCCCGGGUGCUCCCAAAUUAAGCAUUCUUUCAUUUAAAGGAGCUUUCCAUGGUCGCACACUAGGAGCUCUAUCAACAACACAUUCCAAAUACAUUCAUAAAAUAGACGUACCAUCCUUUGACUGGCCUAUAGCUACAUUUCCGCAAUAUAAGUACCCCCUAGAAGAGAACGUAGCUGAAAACAAAAAAGAGGAUGCAAAAUGCCUAGCUGAAGUACAAGAACUUAUUGAGCAAUACUCCAAGAAAAACAUUCCUGUUGCUGGCGUUAUCGUAGAACCGAUACAGAGUGAGGGAGGUGAUAACGAAGCUUCGCCAGAAUUUUUCCAAGGCUUACAAAAAAUUUGUAAGAAAAACGGUGCUGCUCUCCUUAUAGAUGAAGUACAGACCGGCGGAGGAGGUACUGGAAAAAUGUGGUGCCAUGAGCAUUUUAAUUUGGAGUCGCCCCCUGAUGUAGUUACCUUUAGCAAAAAGAUGCAACUAGGUGGCUAUUUCCAUAACGAAGAUUUCAUUCCAAAUCAAUCAUAUAGGAUUUUUAACACUUGGAUGGGUGAUCCAGGCAAAGUCAUUCUAUUAGAAGAAAUUAUCAAAGUAAUCCAAGAGGAAAAAUUGUUAGAAAAUGUACAAACUGCUGGCGCAGUCCUAAAAAAUGGCUUAUUAAGCUUGGAAAAGGAAUUUCCCAUAGUGAGCGCUACUCGAGGACGCGGCACUUUCCUAGCUUUAAAUUGCACAAAUACAAAAGUUAGAGAUUCAAUUGUGGCUCAACUAAAACAGAACGGUGUGCAGACAGGUGGGUGCGGAGAUAUUUCUAUUCGUUUCCGCCCAGCUCUAAUUUUUAAGGAAUAUCAUGCCAACAUUGUUUUGGAUCGAUUCAGAAAGGUAUUGAAGUCUUUGUAAGCUUUGAAAGCUAAAGCGAAUGUGCUCUGAAUAAUUGAAAUAAAUAAAAUUUAUCUUCCAUUAACUAGUUUGAAUAUAAA